AUGCAGCUGGACUCUCCACGGCCGGUGCUGUCCCGCGUGGGCGAGGCGGGGGGACCCCCAGCCUACGGACCCCCGGUCUCCCGCUUGCCGUCCCCCGAGGGGUCCAAUUCCAAGCCCCCCUACAGCUACAUCGCGCUGAUCGCCAUGGCCAUCCAGAGCUGCCCGGAGCAAAAACUGCCCUUGAGUGGCAUCUACCGUUUCAUCGCCUCUCGCUUCGCCUACUACCGAGACAAUAAGCAAGGCUGGCAGAAUUCCAUCCGCCACAACCUCUCGCUCAACGACUGCUUCGUCAAAGUGUCCCGGGACGACAAGAAACCGGGCAAAGGUAACUUCUGGAUGCUGGACCCCGAGUGCCACGACAUGUUCCAGAACGGAUCCUUCCUCAGGCGACGGCAGCGUUUCACCCGCAAGAGGGGUCCCUCCGGUAUUAGCCAAGGGACCAAGAAAGGGCCCCGGGGUAGCAAGGGCCAGCCCACCGGUCAAAGGUUGCCGGGGAAGACGGUCAAGAUGGAAAACGGUCCAACGGUGGGGGCAGAUCGGUCCCGGCGAGGCCAAACUUUCAGCCGGGCAUUGCCGGGGCCCGAGGGGAUCUUGACCCCGAAUCUGUUUGCGGGUGGGCAGGAGGGUCAGGAUUCAACCCUGCCUCGUCCAGAGCCCCUAAACCUCCAGGGCCAGCCCUGUGCCAAGCCCACCCCCUCAGGAGCCAAGGCACCGUGUUUCCAUCUGCCGGGGGCCCCGGGCCCCAAAGUCGGCCUCUACAGCCAGCCAACGGGAUUCGCUUCCCCGGGAAAGAAUUACCAGGCGAAAGGAGCUCUUCUGGAUGACCUCGAGAUGAGCCCCCUGGUCCCCCUCACGGAGAGGCUGCCCUCCCGAUCCAGCCCAGAGGUGAACGGAAGCCCGCAGAACGGGCCCCAACCUAGGCAGGUUGGCAAAGGGGUGCCCCAAACGUUGAGCCAGUUGCCACCCAACUUCCCGGCUCUUUUGGGGCCCGGCAAAGCAUCCCAGCCGCAUCCCUCGCCCGACAGCCUCCCCACCGCCGACGGCAAUGAGGGUUACGCCAAAGCUUCCAUCCUGCCCGUCUUCAGCUACCCCAACCCGGGGUCUCGGGGCGGGGGCUACCAGUGCCGCCUGCAGGCCUUGAAUUUCUGCGUCAACGAAGCCGGGCGGGGGGUCCCCUCCAACUUGGAACACCUUCUGAGCUCGCCCCCCGCUACCAAUUCUUCGGCGCCCAUCCUGCCGGCCUCUUCCUUCGUGCCGCUGCCGGGGGAGCAGGAAGGCUGGCAAGGGAACCCCUUUCCUCUUCAGGGGGGCAGCGGUUAUCAGCUCGGCCUGCCCCACUGCCUCUACAGGACUCCUGGUAUGUUCCUUUUUGAGUGA